AUGCGUCUUCGAAGAUUGGAGCAGGGAACCAUGACUGUUGAUGAAUACUUCAAAGCUAUGGAUAUGGCUAUGAUCCAAGCUAAUUGUGUAGAAGAUGAAGAGGCCACUAUGGCUAGAUUUCUUAAUGGUUUAAAUAAAGAAAUAGCUGAUGUAGUAGAGAUACAACAAUAUGUAACUUUAGAUGAGUUAGUGGACAUGGCUGUAAAAUUAGAAAAGCAAAUUAAAAGAAAGCAGCAAGCUAGCUCAUGGAGGAGUCAGCCAAACACCAAUUCAAAGAAGCCAUGGCCGAAACAAGAUGUGACUUCUAGGCCUCAAGAAGGCAAGGGGAAGGCCAAAGUAGAUGAAAAGGAGGGAGCUAGGAAGAUUCUUGAUGGAGAAAAUGAGAGUAAAAAAAGUGAGAAAGACGAAGAAGAGGGAGGUGUGAGUGAAGAUGAUGUAGAACUUCCUUUUAAUGAUAGUUUGGUUGCAGUAGUUAGGAGGAUUAUGGCUAUCAAUUUGGGAGUCAAUAGUGAAGAACAAAGGGAAAAUAUAUUCCAUACUAGGUGUGGGAUAAGGGGGAGAACUUGUUCUAUGAUUAUUGACAGUGGUAGUUGUGCUAAUGUAGUGAGUUCACACUUGGUAGAUACGUUAGGGCUUGCAUGCAUGAAACACCCUAAGCCCUAUAGACUCCAAUGGUUGAAUGAUAGUGGUGAACUGAAAGUCAACAAACAAUGCAUGAUUUCAUUCAAUGUUAGCAGGUAUGAGGAUGAUACUCUUUGUGAUGUCAUUCCUAUGCAAGCUUGUCAUAUCUUGCUUGGUCGUCCAUGGCAGUUCGAUAGGAAUACUUUUCAUGAUGGAAGGAAGAACAGAUAUUCACUUGAGCUUAAUGGCAAGAAGUAUACUCUUGCGCCUUUAACACCUUCUCAGAUUCCAAAUAGGCCUGCUUAUAGGAGUAAUCCUGAAGAGACAAAGGAGUUGCAAAGGCAGGUUGAAGAGUUGCUUAAAAAAGGGUUUGUGCGAGAGAGCUUGAGUCCUUGCUCAGUUCCUGUUCUAUUGGUGCCCAAAAAAGAUGGAUCUUGGAGGAUGUGCGUGGAUUGUCGAGCUAUCAACAAGAUUACGGUAAAGUAUCGUCAUCCUAUUCCUCGUCUUGAUGACAUGUUGGAUCAAUUGCAUGGGUCCAAAAUCUUUUCUAAAAUUGAUCUAAAAAGUGGUUACCAUCAGAUUCGAAUGAAUCCUGGAGAUGAAUGGAAAACUGCUUUUAAGACCAAAUAUGGGCUUUAUGAGUGUUCUAAGGGAGUUGAGGUUGAUGAAGAGAAAAUCAAGGCAAUUAGAGAGUGGCCUAAACCUAAGAGUGUAACUGAGGUUAGAAGUUUUCAUGGGCUUGCUAGUUUUUAUAGGAGAUUUGUUAGAGAUUUUAGCACCAUUGCUGCUCCUCUAACUGAAUCUUUUGAGGUUGAAUGUGAUGCUUCUGGAAAAGGAAUAGGUGCUGUUUUAAUGCAGGAAUCCAAGCCUAUUGCAUACUUUAGUGAAAAGUUGAGUGGAGCUACAUUGAACUACUCAACUUAUGACAAAGAGCUCUAUGCUUUGGUAAAGGCUUUAGCUACUUGGCAGCAUUAUUUGUGGCCUAGAGAGUUUGUGGUUAAGACUGAUCAUGAAUCCUUGAGAUAUUUGAAGAGCCAAGGUAAGCUUAAUCGUAGGCAUGCAAAAUGGGUUGAAUUUAUUGAAACUUUCCCAUAUGUGAUUGCUUACAAGCAAGGAAAGGAGAAUGUGGUUGCUGAUGCAUUGUCAAGAAGGGAAGCACAUUGUGGUGGACUCAUGGGACACUUCGGAGUGCCCAAAACAUUGGAUAUACUUGCUGAACAUUUCUUUUGGCCAGGCAUGCGAAAGGAUGUUGAGAAAGUGUGCUCUCAAUGUCUUGAAUGUAAACAAGCCAAAUCGAAAGUGUUACCACAUGGUCUUUAUACUCCUUUACCUGUUCCCACUUCCCCUUGGCUUGAUAUUUCCAUGGAUUUUGUGUUAGGUUUGCCUAGAACUAAGCAUGGUAAGGACAGUAUAUUUGUGGUGGUAGAUAGAUUUUCAAAAAUGGCUCGCUUUAUUCCAUGUUUGAAGACUAAUGAUGCUGACAUGUGGCUGAUCUGUAAGUCUCCUUUUGAAGUUGUUUAUGGCUUUAAUCCCCUCACCCCCCUUGAUUUGCUGCCUUUGCCUACUGAUAAUAUUGUUAAUCUUGAUGGUAGGAAGAAGGCUGAAAUGAUGAAGAAGAUUCAUGAACAAACAAAGCUUGCAAUUGAGCGGAAGAAUGAGCAGACUGCCUUAAGGAGAAAUAAGGGGCGAAAAUCUGUUAUUUUUAAGCCCGGGGAUCCAGUAUGGGUGCAUUUCAGGAAGGAAAGGUUUCCUGCCAAAAGAAGAUCCAAACUAGACCCAAGAGGAGAUGGUCCAUUUGAAGUCCUUGAAAGGAUUGGAGACAAUGCUUACAAACUUGAUCUUCCUAGUGAGUAUCAAGUUAGUGCUACUUUCAAUGUUUCUGAUCUUUCCUUAUUUGAUGCAG